AUGAGCGUGCGGGCCUCCGCGGCUCCUGAGUUCAAGAGCACUUCCGAGAGGAAGCCAAGCUCCGAGGACCUCCUCAUUGUCGGUCCGGGCGUUCUCGGGUCCGUCGCGGGCCUGAAGUGGCUCGAGGCCGCGCCGCAGGGCUCGACUGCUCUCGGGCAGACCAACACCGAGACGCGCCACGGCAAGCUGCGCGAGAUGGGCCUCGCCGCCCGGACGCGCGAGGAAGCCGCCAACAGCACCGAGAAGUUCCCCUUCGUCCUCUUCAGCGCCCCGCCCUCAGGGAGCGCCGACUACGUCGCGGAGGUCCAGGCGGCCCUCGAUCUGUGGGACGGCACCGGCUCCUUCCUGUUCACCUCCUCAGGGAGCGUCUUCGAGGCCAAGGAGGGCAAAGUGACCGAAACGUCCCCGACGGCGCCCGAGGGCUCGCGGACGCCGGCCCAGGAGCGGCUCCUGCGCGCCGAGGCUGCGGUUCUCGAGCGCGGGGGCAACGUGUUGCGGCUGGUGGGGCUGUACCACGCAGGCCGCGGGGCGCACACUUACUUCCUCAAGGUGGGCGAGGUGGAGCGGUGGGGCGGGUACACGGUCAACCUGAUCCACUACGAGGACGCCGCAUCGCUGGCGGUGGCGAUCCUGCGCGGGCGGGGGUCUGAGGGUUACUACCGGGGGAGUGUUUUUGUCGGGUCGGACAACCAUCCGAUCACGUUCGACGACAUGAUGGAGGCGACGCGCAAGUGCCCGCAGAGAUACGAGGGCGCUAAGGAAGUCAAGUUCACGGCCACGGAGCCAGGGCCGGGCGGGCCAGGGAAGGAGGUGGACAGCUCUGCGACGAACGAGCAGCUCGGCUGGGGUCCGAUUUACCUGUCGUUCCAGACAUUCAUGGCUGCGGGCGGCAAGGACAGAUACACCGACGACCUCCCGAUCUUCGUGGGCGCGCCGCACGCGUAA